AAGGACAUCCUAAUCCUUAUGGCGGCCUGGGAGGCAAAUAUCGACCGCUAUUAUAGGUUUCGACGGCCCACCAUGCUACCAGAAGAGGUCUGCUGCGUCAAGCGUGGUAUCUACUACCAUACGACCUUUGCCAAGUGGUGGUGCAGCGAAUUAGACGAUAACGCCGAGGCGGAAGACUGGAGCCGCUACCAGAAGAUGGACCCAUUGUACCUGAUCUAG